AUGAGCGCGGCGUUCAGUCCGUCCUUCAUGGUGAUGCAGCGGCCACUCGGAAGCACCACCGCCUUCAGCAUCGACUCUCUGAUCGGGGGGCCACCGCAGCCCAGCCCGGGACACUUCGUCUACACCGGGUACCCGAUGUUCAUGCCGUACAGGUCGGUGGUGCUGCAGCCGCCCCCGCCGCCGCCCCCGGCCCUGCAGCAGGCGCUCCCGGCCGGCCACCACGCGCACCCGCAGCUGUCCGGCCUGCAGGGCGGCUUCUGCUCCAGCCUGGCGCAGGGCCUGACGCAGGGCAUGGCGCUCACCUCCACGCUCAUGGCGUCGCUGCCCGGCGGCUUCUCCCCGUCGCAGCAGCACCAGGACGCGGCCCGGAAGUUCGGCUCUCAGGCGCUGCACGGCAUCUUCGACAAAACUCAGGAGCAGCGGCUGGACGCGGACGACGGGACGAAGGCGUUCCUGGCCGGGAAGGAGGCGCUGCCGGCGGCGUUCCACGACACGGACGCGUCCGUGCAAACGUCCACAGGCAGAGCGCUCAGUAAAGAAGACUCCAAGGAGGAAGACUGCGGCCGGAAGGACGAGAGCUUCUCCAUGGACAGCGACCUGGACUACAGCUCCGACGACAACCUCACCUCGCUGUGCCACAAGGAGGACGGGGACGGCGGCGGAGGCGGCCUGGACGACGGCGCGCACAUGCACGGCUCCGGGGGAGGAGGAGGAGGAGGAGGAGGAGGAGGUGGAGGAGGAGGAGGUGGAGGAGGCGGCGGCGGCAGCUCCGGCGGCGGGAAGAACCGGCGGCGGCGGACGGCCUUCACGAGCGAGCAGCUGCUGGAGCUGGAGAAGGAGUUCCACUGCAAGAAGUACCUGUCGCUCACCGAGCGCUCGCAGAUCGCGCACGCGCUGAAGCUGAGCGAGGUGCAGGUGAAGAUCUGGUUCCAGAACCGGCGCGCCAAGUGGAAACGCGUCAAGGCCGGGAACGUCAACAACAAGUCCGGGGAGCCGUCCCGGAACCCCAAGAUCGUGGUGCCCAUCCCGGUGCACGUGAGCCGCUUCGCAAUAAGGAGUCAGCACCAGCAGAUGGAGCAGGCCCGGCCGUGA